AUGACAUACUCUUCUGGAAGAGAAUCAUACUUCAACUUGAAUUCAACCUGGUAUGAUCCUUCGGGGUCCUGGCUGGACACCCGGCGCACACCCUUCUGCUACGGCUACAACACCUGCUCCUCGGGGUGUGAAGGCGAAGGUGUUGAAGGCAUGAGAGGGCACAACUACCGGCAUUACGGUUAUCGGCAGCCAGUCUGCUCCGAGAGAUGCCAUGGCUAUGCUGCAUCUGACUCAUGCCAUGGAGGCGGGGGCUCAAGCUGUGCCAGGAGGCCCACGUACAGCUAUGGGUCAUCAGGAGGAUGCAACAGCUACGGGAGGUCGGUCUGCUCCGAGAGAUGCCAUGGGUCCUCAGGUUCAUGCUCCGGAGGUGGUUCGAGCUGUGUCAGGAGACCAACAUACAGCUAUGGGUCAUCAGGAGGAUGCAACAGCUAUGGGAGGUCAGUCUGCUCUGAGAGAUACCAUGGGUCCUCAGGUUCUUGCUCUGGAGGUGGUUCAAGCUGUGUCAGGAGACCAACAUACAGCUAUGGAUCAUCAGGGGGAUGCCACAGCUACGGGAGGUCGGUCUGCUCCGAGACGUGCCACGGAUCAGGGUACCAGGGGGGCAAGCCGUGCUACAGCAAGCCAAGACAGCAAAUCCCACAGUGCUGCCCGGUCCAGACCUGUCCCCCUCCAGUGCAGAGCUGUCCCCCUCCGGUGCAGACCUGUCCCCCUCCAGUGCAGCAAGGCUGCGUGCCCGUGACAAAGUGCAUCCCAAGCCAGCAGCAGAAGCAGGUCUGCAAAGUGCCAGCCCAGAAGAUAAAGUAG